AACAGCCUUGGUGCUGUGUAGGAGCCUGGAGCUACUCCUCAGCCCUAGUUGGGGCUGGUCAUGGAGAAGCUACACAGGAUCGUGGCAGCACUGCUGGAAAGACGUCAGCUUUGAGAAGGAAGCAGCAGAAGCACAAAGUUUGGAGGCAACCUGUGAAAAGCUAAGCAGGUCCAUUUCUGAAAUACAGGAUGAAAUAUCACAUCUAAAAAAAGAGUUAAAAGAAGAGAAAUACAAACAUUCUAGACAACAUCCAUUGAUGGUGGAUACUUCAGAAAUUAGACAGUCUCUAGAAGAUCUGUCAAAAUCCCUCAAAUCACAACUAGCUGAAGCCAAAAUGCCCUUGAACAUAUUUCAAAUGAAUGGUGAACAACUGAAGACAGAGAUAAAAGAUGCUUUGAAUGAAAAUUCUCAACUUCAGGAAAGCCAGAAACAUCUUUUGCAAGAAGCUGAAGUAGGGAAAGAACAAGUGAGUGAACUUAAUAAACAGAAAAUAAUAUUUGAAGACUCCAAAGUACACGCAGAACAAGUUCUAAAUGACAAAGACGAUCACAUCAAGACGCUGACUGAACACUUGCUGAAGAUGAAAGAUUGGGCUGCUGUGCUUGGAGAAGACAUGAUGGAUGAUCAUAACUCGAAAGUAGAAAUGAAGAGUGAAUCAGAAAACGGCGCUUCCUUAGCUAAUCCUCGGAAAGGAGCUUUGAAGAAACUGAUGCAUGCUGCUGAGUUAAAUGCUUCUUUCAAAAGUCUAGAAGGAGAAAGAAAUGAAAUUUACAUUCAGCUGUCCGAAACUGAGAAAACAGAGAAGCAGCUUAUGGGGCAUAUUAAACAUCUUCAGUCUGAACAAGCAUCUUUGCAGUCAGAAAACACAGAUUUUGAAAGUGAGAAUCAGAAGCUUCAACAGAAACUUCAAGUAAUGACUGAAUUACAUGAAGAAACGACAAUGAGACUUUACAAAACAUUCACUGUAGAGGAAAAUUACCAGUUAGAGAGACAAGAGAAACUUUCUAAACAAGACGAAAAGGUCAACUCUACCACUGACCAGCUGGACGAGUAUAGAAAGCAAGCCCAACAUCUUGAAGAGGAGUUGGAAAGAAUGAUUCUUUCUUAUCAAGAGCAGAUUUUACUCCUUAAGAAAAAAGCACAUGACAAUUGGUUGGCAGCUCGGACUGCUGAAAUAAACCUCGACCGAUUAAGGAAAGAAAAUGCUAAGUACAGACGAAAAUUAACUGACACAGAGAUGAAAUUUAAAUUUUUACACAAAGAUCCUGCUGCAGUUGAUGUUCCAAACACAGGAUUUGGCAGAAAGCAUUACACGUAUGUUACCGAUAUGAGAAGAGGAGCUCCUUUCCCCCCACCUCCUCCAGGAACCCUGUUUGGAGUUUCUCCACAUGAUUUUUCACCAAGCGAUUUCCCAGGUCCACCAUAUGCUCCAUUUGCAGUGAGGAAUGCCUAUACACCCAGGGGUUUUCCUCCAAAUCUUCCACCAAGACCUGGAUUUUUUCCCCCAACCCCCAAAUAUUGAAGGUAAAAAGCAAGUUCUUUGCAGGAUUGAUUCCAUCUUCUAAUGACCCUGCUACUGAACAAAAAUAAUUCUGAUUGAUCUGAGUUCCCUUCAAGACACUUCUGCCUCCCGAUAAGCCUACUAUUGAACAUCCAAAACGACAAGACAACCGGCAGUCCUUGUAUUCUUCUCCAAAGUAGUUGUUACUGACCUUGAGUCUCCAUCAAGAUGGAUUCCAACUUAGAGCAAGCCUGCCACUGAACAUCUGACAUCACAACAACAAAGCCAGUGGUCUUUGUGUUUUCCUCCCAAGUAGAUGUGACUGAUCUCAAGUCCCCAUCAGGGUUUACUCUGCCUGCAAGUGAAUCUGCCACUGAACAUCCGAUACCACAGCAAUAAAAUUGGUGUUAUUGGUGUUCUCCACCCAAGUAGUUGUGACUGAUCUGGAGUCCCCAUUAGGGAUGACUCUGCCUUCAAGUGAGCCUACUACUGAACAUCUGGCACCACAGCAAGAAAGCUGGCUGUCUUUGUGUUCUCUUCCCAAGUACUUUUCACAGAUCUCGAGUACCCAUCAUGGUUCACUUUGCCUUCAAGUGAGCCUCCCACCCAAUGAAUGUCCGACAGCACAGAAAGAAAACUGGCAUUCUUUGCAUUCCCCUCCAAGUAUUUGUGACUGAUCUCGAGUCCCUGUCAUGGUCGAUUCCGCCUUCACGUAAGUCUGCCACUGAACAUCUGACACCACAGCAAUACAGUUGGUGGUCUUUGUGUUGUCCUCCCAAGUACUUUGCGCAGAUCUUGAGUAUGCGUCAUGGUUCACAAUGCUUUCAAGUGAGCCUCCCACUCAAUGAACAUCCGCCUCCACAGCAAGAAAGCUGGUAGUCUUUAUAUUCUCCUCCCAAGUAUUUGUGACUGAUCUCAAGUCCCCGUUAGGGAUAACUCUGCCUUCAAGUGAGCCUGCUCCUGAACAUCCGGCACCACAGCAAGAAAGCUGGUGGUCCAAGUAGUUGUGACUGAUUUGGAGUCCCCAUCAGGUUGAUUCCACCUUCAAGUGAGCCUGCCACUGAACAUCCAGCACUACAGCAAUAAAGCUGGCAGUCUUUGUGUUCUCCUCCCACGUAGUUGUGACUGAUCUCGAGUCCACGUCAGGGUUGACUCUGCCUUCAAGUAAGCCUGCCACUGACCAUCUGGCACCACAGCAGUAAAGCUGGUGUUCUUUGUGUUCUCCUCUCAAGUGGUUGUGACUGAUCUCGAGUCCCCGUCAGGGUUGACUCUGCCUUCAAGUGAGCCUACCACUGAACAUCCAGCACCACAGCAAGAAAGCUGGUGGUCUUUGUGUUCUCCUCCCAAGUAGUUGUGACUGAUCUCUAGUCCCUGUCAGGGUUGACUCUGCCUUUAAAUGACCCUGCCACUGAACAUUUGGCACCACAGCAAGAAAGCUUGUGGUCUUUGUAUUCUCCCCCUAACUAUUUAUGACUGAUCUCGAGUCCCCGUCAGGGUUGACUCCACCUUCAAGUGAGCCUACCACUGAACAUCCAGCACCACAGCAAGAAAGCUGGCGGUCUUUGUGUUCUCCUCGCACGUAGUUGUGACUGAUCUCGAGUCCACGUCAGGGUUGACUCUGCCUUCACGUGACCCUGCCACUGAACACCUGGCAUCACAGCAAUAAAGCCAGCGGUGUUUGUGUCUCCCAAGUAGUUGUGACUGAUCUGGACUCCCCGUCGGGGUUGAUUCCACUUUCAGUGAGCCUGCCACUGAAUAUCCUGCACCACAACAAGAAAGCUGCAGUCUUUGUGUUCUCCUCCCAAGUAGUUGUGACUGAUGUCAUGUCCCCUUCAGGGUUGACUCUGCCUUCAAGUAAGCCUGCCACUGACCAUCUGGCACCACAGCAGUAAAGCUGGUGUUCUUUGUGUUCUCCUCCCAAGUAGUUGUGACUGAUCUCUAGUCCCUGUCAGGGUUGACUCUGCCUUUAAAUGACCCUGCCACUGAACAUUUGGCACCACAGCAAGAAAGCUUGUGGUCUUUGUGUUCUCCCCCUAACUAUUUAUGACUGAUCUCGAGUCCCCGUCAGGGUUGACUCCACCUUCAAGUGAGCCUACCACUGAACAUCCAGCACCACAGCAAGAAAGCUGGUGGUCUUUGUGUUCUCCUCCCAAGUAGUUGUGACUGAUCUCGAGUCCCCAUCAGGGUUGGCUCUGCCUUUAAGUGAGCCUGCCACUGAACAUCCAGUCCUACAGCAAGAAAGCUGAUAGUAUUUAUUUCCUUACUGACUGUGUUUGUAGACAAA